AUGGUCUCCGGAGCCCCGUUCCUGGCUGGCUGGCAGGCAGCACGGAGGUGCUGGGUUGCGGGGACACUGAACUCCCAGGCGAAGCAGUGGCAUCGCGUACGGGGGGCGACGAGGAUGGCUGGAGGGCUUGCUUUGCCCGCAGGCUGGGAGGACUGCGUGCGCGCGAGGGAUAGGCUGCCAGCGGCCGCUGGGGAGCGGCGCGGGCUCUCGGGGAAAGCCAGCCGCAGCGGCCGCGCUGGCUCAGAGCCGCAGGGCCGCCCUGCCACGGCCAGGCCCGGGGGUCCCCCCCGGAUGCUGUACCGCCAAGGCACCGUCAGGGAACCUGCAUCCCCCGCAGCAAUCGCGGGCGCGUCCUGUACACCUGAGCGUCCAGCACCUUCGGCGCACUCAGAGCAGUGCCCCGGGCCGCGCAGACCGCCGCCUCGAGGACUCCCACAGGACCCCCAAAGCGGGCUCCCAUUGCACAAGUACCCCUCGAGCGCACAGGAGAAAGCGGCCAUCCAAAAGCGUGCGGAGGGCCGGGCCAAAGUCCCACUCAAACUCAGGGACAGCUUCAAGCAGUUUUUGUUCUUCCUCUCGCCCACGGGAGGGCUGAAGAUCCCUAGGCUGGUGACCCGGCCGGGCGGACGCAGGGAGUGA